AUUGACAAUUUUGUCAAAGCAAAGGGGACUUUUUGGUCUUUAUACAAACAAAAAAUGAAUAAAAUGGCAUUUUAGUAAUUACGGGGAAAGUGCUCGCCAGUCCACUCUUCGCACAGAUUCGCACACAUGGGCGAUAACCCCACAGUUUAAUUUCAACCCCUCUUAAAUUACUGUGAGCUUUUUCAGCUUUGAGGUUUCUUAUUUCUAUGAAAUCAGCUAGUUCGCACGUUUCUUCUCCUCCACUGUGAUUUUAUUCUCCUGUAAAUACCAAUGCCCCUCAACAGUCAAACUCCUAAGUAGUUAAUGAAGGUGGUUUUCAUCUCAUCUACUUCACCCACUAUAUUUUUUUCAUUUAUAGAUAAUCAAUCCUUCCCUUUUUCUCUUUUUGAUUCCCAUCUGUUUCCGCCUAACCGAACUGCUAAAAAGAUUCCCCUUUUCGUUAUCGAGCGCUCUACUUAUAUCCCCUUACAUCUCUUUCUUUGGUAUUCACACAAGUUUCAAGUUUCUCCUCUACGUAAUCCAUGGAAGCCUGCUUCUUCGAUACUCUCAAGGCUCAACCUUUCUGGGUUAUUGUCCUUUUCACUUUGGGUUCUUUAUCACUCUUGAAGUUCUCAUUUGUUUUUCUGAAAUGGGUCUGGAUCAAUUUUCUUAGACCUGGUAAGAAUCUCAAAAAAUAUGGCUCCUGGGGUCUUGUUACUGGACCAACUGAUGGUAUCGGCAAAGGAUUUGCCUUUCAGCUGGCUAGGAAAGGGCUAAAUCUUGUCUUGGUGGGCCGUAAUCCUGAUAAACUCAAAGACGUUUCCGAUUCAAUCUUGGCCAAGUAUGCCAAGAUUCAGAUCAAGACAGUUGUUGUGGACUUCACUGGCGAUCUUGAUGAAGGCGUGAAGAAGAUAAAAGAAACUAUUGAAGGACUGGAUGUGGGGGUUUUGAUUAACAAUGUUGGGAUUUCAUAUCCUUAUGCCAGGUACUUCCACGAGGUUGAUGAGGAGCUGUUGAUGAAUUUGAUUAAGGUGAAUGUUGAAGGUACCACAAAGGUAACUCAAGCUGUUUUGCCUGGGAUGGUGAAGAGAAAGAAAGGCGCAAUUGUGAACAUUGGGUCUGGUGCUGCCAUUGUCAUCCCUUCUGAUCCACUCUAUGCUGUUUAUGCUGCUACUAAGGCGUAUAUUGAUCAAUUCUCUAGGUGCCUUUAUGUUGAAUACAAGAACAUUGGGAUUGAUGUUCAGUGUCAGGUUCCAUUAUAUGUGGCAACAAAAAUGGCAUCAAUCAAAAGAUCGUCUUUCUUUGUUCCAUCAACAGACGGAUAUGCUCGUGCAGCAAUGCGGUGGAUAGGCUAUGAACCUCGUUGCACGCCCUAUUGGCCCCAUUCCAUCCUUUGGGGCUUGGCUUAUUCACUGCCAGAGAGUGUGGUUGAUGCAUGGCGUUUGCGCUUUUGUCUUGGCAUUCGAAAGAGGGGGCAACUCAAAGAUUCUAGGAAGAAGGAAUGAAAACAGAUUGUUGAGUCUGUUGUAUUUUACGUUCAUGGAGUUGAGUGUUUUGGUUGGAUGUGUUAGGAUCGUCCCGAUUAAGCAACGAACAAGUAAAAAUAGUAGAAGAAAUUGAGAAGUUAAACACACAAAUUUAACGUGGAAAAA